GGCUCGCUCGCAUACCYAGGAAGACCAAGAUGAGUCUACGGAAGCAAACUCCUAGUGACUUCCUAAAGCAAAUCAUUGGGCGACCAGUUGUUGUCAAACUAAAUUCUGGAGUUGAUUAUCGAGGUGUCCUAGCUUGCCUGGAUGGGUAUAUGAAUAUAGCUCUGGAACAGACAGAAGAAUAUGUAAAUGGACAGUUAAAGAACAAGUAUGGAGAUGCAUUUAUCCGAGGAAAUAAUGUAUUGUACAUAAGCACACAGAAGAGAAGGAUGUGAAGAUGCCAGAAGGAGGCUAUUUUGUACUUCUGAAUCUCUUAAUUAUGAGCCCUAUUUGAUUUGUAGUUAAUUAUUCACAGGUGAAUUACACAAGGGUUUUUUUUUUAAAUAAAUGUAAACCAGUGUAAAAUUCUGGAUCUUUUUGUUAGUUUCAAAACACUGCUUUGUUCCAUUGUACAGAAAAAAAUAAAAAUAAAGUAUGUAGUAGUGCUGCAAGAUUAAAUUCAAAGCAACAGCUCAUUUGAUUGAGAA